CUCAUCCCGCUUCCACGAUUGCACACACCCACCGCUUCCCAGUAAUCUCAUCACGAUAGCAAGGCAACCGUGGAAAUGGCAACUCCUUUAGAUACACCCAUGACGCUAACGGGCGGAUGUCUGUGUGCCGCCAUUCGAUACGAAGUAGCCUUCUCCAAGGACAGACAAUGGCCGCCUGCGCUCGGCGACUGCACCUGCACAAUGUGCCGAAAAUGGACGGGCGCGCUGCUGUAUCAGAACAUCGCCGUUUCGCAGGACCAAGUCUCGCCGCCAUUGUCCUCCUUUCCGAGCUAUAAGGAGUAUGUCUCGUCGCCCGGUCGGUUCCGCGGGUUUUGCAGUCUGUGUGGGAGUUCGUUGGUUUGGAGGUCGGAGCGAGAGGGCGAGAGGCAUAAGUAUGAGAUUAUGCUUGGGAGUCUGGAUGAGCGGUGGCUUAAGGGGACCGGGGGAGAGGGAAUGGGGGCAGGGGUACUUGGUGAGCUUUUGGGAAAGUCAUCUAAUGCACAGUAG